CAAGCUGCCGUGUUUCAUACAAUGCGGCUGUUUCUGGAACCAUGCCGUUGUGAGGCCGGUGGAAAGGAUCGCUCGGCGACAAGAUGGUGGUGUUGUGUCCGUAAGCAGGUUGCAGAUCAGAUCAUGAGCUCACACGGCGGGCAUUGGGAUUAUAGUUCGAUUGCACGAAGUAUGCGCGACAUCGUGCAGCUUGCUUUGCAUGGGAUUUAAAGUCGAUGCUCGAUGGAGAGGAAUUCUCCCAGUAGCUAUGCUGGUUCUGCUCAUGGUUUGUUCCAAGGAUUAUUAACAAGCUCUCGGCGUUCUGCUUCUCGGGAUUCAGCGCGAGAGUCUUCGCGACCGGAAGAGGAGGGGUCGGAAAGGAACACAUCUCUGAACAGAAAGUUUUUGCGUCGUUUGGCCAUUGCCCUCGUUACGUAUGGAAGCUCUUCUGUAAGAACUGAGUACCUCAUCGGACAAGCUGCAGAGAGGCUGAAUGAAAAAGUCAACAUUGGCGUUUUCUCCUCUGCCAUACUUCUGAUCUUUCCUGGAGCAGGUGACCCGUCUCGGGAUGAGACGCACCUUGAUAAAAUACAAAUCGAUUUUGAUGUUGCCAAAUUACAAGAGGCAGAUGAGCUCGCCAAUAGCGUUGGCCUUCCUGAUACUCCUCUUACGGCUGCAUAUCGGCAGCUCAGCGCGAUUGCAAUUAAAGAGUCACCCUUUGGUCCAUGGAGCAUGCUUUUGGGUUACACUAUCUGCGCACCCACGUCCUCACUUCUCUUCUUCAACGGCAACUUGUGGGAUGCAGUUUUUUCUCUGUUUUUGGGAUUUGGUGUCGGCCUUCUGGAUCUCAACUCAUCAAGGUUCCCUGCACUCGGAAGUACACUUGAGUUUCUCUCGGCCAUCUUCGUGUCAUUCGUAGCGCGCAUUACUUCAGUGUACUUCAAGCAUCUGGAUGUUUGCUACUUCUCUAUGGCCUUGUCAGGCCUAACGUGGCUUCUUCCAGGAGAGGGACUGACUGUUGGAAUCAGCGAAAUGGUUGAGAAUUCCCUUAUUUCCGGUACAUCUCGUAUUGUUCGGGCUCUGAUCGCAUCCUUACAGUUAGGAUUCGGGCUUUUCAUUGGAGAAAAAAUGGUGUGGUGGACCCAUGAUGCAGUUCAGAAAGACUGCACCUCGCAACAACUAUCUGAGUGGUGGGAUGUGAUAUGGUUCUUGGGAUUUUCACUGGCAGUAAACGUGCUGUUAAAAGCAAGACCGUGGCAGUGGCCAGGAAUGACUGUCGCUGCUGGUGCUGCUGUACUCGUAGACAAGUUCACUGGACGCUUCGGAUCAGAGAUUUCAGCGGUUCUCUCGUCGUUCACCAUAGGGAUCACAGGAACUCUGUGCUCUUAUAUCUCAAGGGACAUUCCGUUGAGCAUGACAUUAUCGGGUAUCCAGAAUGCAAGAUAUGCUUGUCGCCUCCAACUGCUGAGAGACGAGGGCGAGUCGAUCGGUUCAUUCGAGUUUUAUGGUGGACGCAGGAUACCUGAUGAUGACCGUGUAAAUCAUGAAUCUGCGUGCUGACGGUCUGUUCCUUUUUGUCCUCUCCUUUUCCGAAUGCAUGGACUCCUUUUCCUUCUUGAGGAAUUCCACGGUGGCAGUGCCCAUGGGAGUUGGCCGGUGGGUCCCGGAACUCGUUGCUGCAACCGGAAGACGACAAAAUCGAACCGCAUAAACGCGAGGACAGGAGAAGGGU